AUGCACAGGUCCUACCAGCCGCUAAAGCCCGUCACCAACCGCUACCUGCAGCAGAGAUGGGACCAAAACAACUACGACAACCACCGCAGGAAGGUGUGCUCCGCCCUGCCAGUGGUGGACAACAAGGGAAUGAGGACGCCAGCUCAUGUCCACCUCAAGCUCAAAAAACUACAGCUGCAGGACGAGCGGCUGUCCAUCAUCGACAGAGACAACCGUCUCCUGGCCUCCAAACUGGCCAACAUUGUUUGCUCUAAAGGACUGGUGGACCAUCACAACCAGUACCACCUGAGGAGUCUGAAUGCAGAGAAGAGGAGGGAGGAGCUUCUACAGGUGAGCCGUCAGAAUCAAGCCAUCUACCAGCGAAUCACAUCUCGCCAGUCAGAGUACCGCCGCCAGCUGUGGUUGGACGACUGGGAGAGGGCGGAGCGCCGGCGGAACGACAUAUCCCGAUACCCCCAAGGGCUCGGUGAGAAACAGAGGUCUCACAGGAAGGUGAAGUUUGCGGCCGUGGAGGGCAGCGAGCGGACGACGAGCUGCAGCAACACCGACACUGACAGGACCGAAAGAGAAACCUGAGACACAAACACACAACAA